UACGCCGCAGCCUCCGCCUUUAAGAGAUCUAGCCUCAUAUAUGUGCUGUCUCUGAAAGAAGUUCACAGUUAGCAUCAGUAGCUAGCAGUCGGCUCGCUGAGUCAGUUUUCCACGAAAAGCAUUCAUAGUAGGAUGCGUCCACCAUGUCGCUCCAGGACAUGUUACGGGAGCGGAUGGACGCGGCCGAGGCAUUGUACCAGCGCGCCGAGCAAAUGGACGACGCCGUGGAAGGACGCGGGAAGCUGUGCGGCAAACUUCGCGCCGAGCUGCGCUUCCUGCGGCGCGCCGACGGCGGCCAGGUGGCGCUCAAAGCGUCCCACCUGAACAGCACUAACCUGACCCACCUGACGGCCGUGCUGAAUUCGGCCGAGAGCCUGGAGGGAGUGGUCGCCGUGCUGCGCGUCUUCUCUUACCGGGACGCCGACGGGCAAGCUCGUACGCUGACGGUGGACGUAGUGGCCGACGGCGGGCGCACCUGGGUCAAGUCAGUGGGUAGGAAGGCCGAAGCGCUGCACAACAUCUGGCAGGGACGCGGACGCUACGGCGCUAAGAGCAUCGUCGGGCAGGCCGAAGACUUUACGCUCGCCAGCCAACAGCAACCACUUGGGUACGUUCACCCACGGGUGGUCUUCGCCUUCUACAACGGCGUGUCCGAGCCCGUGGCCCGACACCUGGAGGAAAUGGGCGUGGCCGUCCGCGGGGACGUGGUGGCCGUCGACGCAGUGUCAACGGAGGACUGCGAGGAUGGAGAAGACGACGACGACAACGAUGACGAAGGAGAGGAACCAGAGUUGGAGGCUACGCGCGUGGACCGCGGCACGGUUUUAGCCAGCCUGGCGUUCCCUGCGGAUGCGGGCGUUGAGGAGUGCGGUCGCGUCAACCUGGACAUCACGGCGCUCAUCGCCUACGUGUCGUCGCUGAGCCACGGCCGCUGCCGACUGGCUUUCCGCGAGCCCGUCCUAACCGAGCAGGCGGCGCAAGAGCGGCAGCGCCCGGUCCUGCCAGUCCUUGAUGCCGUUAUGGCAGGAAAGGAGCUGUAUGCCUGCCGCGCCGCCGUCGAUGACUUUCAAACCAUCUUGGACACGCUGGGCGGGCCCGGCGAAAAGGAGCGCGCACGCCAGCUGCUAAGCCGCCUGCAGCUGGUGGACGACUGGCCUUCGGAACGGGCGCUGGCCCUAGAACCUAGCGCCAAGGUCAACCGCCGCUCGCUAUUAAUCUUCGGCACCGGGGACCGACUACGGGCGGUCACCCUGACGGCCAACGCCAGGUUUGUCAGGGCGGCGGCCAAUCAGGGCGUCCGCUUCAGUGUCUUUGUGCACGAGCCGCGAGCGCUCACCGAGGGCAAGGAGUGGAGGGCCAUGCCCGUCUAACACUAAAACCCUUCUCUUCACUAAUAAAGGAAUUUAAAGCAUGACUUCCUGCUUCCUUUUUUUCCUUUGUGGAGGCCAUGCCUCUUUUCACACACAAAAAGUGAGCUGAGGUCUUCAACAGCAUGUGAACAACACGUCGGCCGUCAUCGCUAGCAAACACAAUUGAAAAAGUGCAGACAUUUUUAUACUUCAGGAGAGACUGACACCUAGAAAGAAAACAAGGCUUGAUGUAUUAAAGUUGACAGUGUAACUUGCAGCCAUCUUGAGAUAAAUGACUUAUCUGCUAAAUUUUUGACAGCUUUACAAAUAGUUUGGUUCAUGACAAACCCCUUUGUGGCUAUGAUACAGGCUGGAUGUUGUAAUAAUAAAGUUUUAACUCAUUAACUGCUAUUGAGUGGCGGCCAUGCACUUCCAACUUUUGAACCGGCAUUCUGUCAGAACAUGUAUUAACCAAUAAUGGAAUUUAUUGCAUGACUUCUGUUCGCUUGUGGAUGCUGUGCCUCAAUUCACAUACUUUGAUUUGAAGAGAGACAUUUUUUGACUGUGCUACCGAUAUCAUAUACGUGUAUCUAAAUAAUAGAUUUUAUUUGAAGGCCCCUUUCUUGCACUCAAGGUCUCCGUACAGUCAUUUAAAAAUAAUUAGAAAAGUUAAAGAGUACAAAUAAUUACACUGCUGGUCAAAAGUAUUGGCACCCCUGCAAUUCUCUCAGAUAAUGCUCAAUUUCUUCCAGAACAUGAUUGCAUUUACAAAUGCUUUGUUAGUAUAGGGCUGUCAAAAUUAUUGCGUUAACAGGCGGUAAUUAUUUUUUAUUCACGUUAAAAUAUUUGACGCAAUUAACGCACAUGCCCCGCUCAAACACAUUAAAAUGACAGCUCAGUGCCAUGUCCACUUGUUAGUUGUGUUUUUUGGAGUUUUUUCGUCCUCUGCUGGCGCUUGGGUGCAACUGAUUUUACCACAUUGCACCAUGAGCAAUGAUUAAUUAUUGAUAUCAACAAUGGCGAGCUACUAGUUUAUUUUUUGAUUGAAAAUUUUACAAAUUUUAUUAAAACGAAAACAUUGAGGGGUUUUAAUAUAAAAUUUCUAUAACUUGCACUAACCUUUAUCUUUUAAGAACUACAAGUCUUUCUAUACAUCGAUCGCUUUAACAGAAUUAAUGUUAAUCAGUUAAUGCCAUCUUGUUGAUUUAUUGUUAUAAUAAACAAAUAUAGUACUUAUGUACAGUAUGUUGAAUGUAUAUAACCGUCUUGUGUCUUCUUUCCAUUCCAACAAUAAUUUACAGAAAAAAAUGGCAUAUUUUAUAGAUGGUUUGAAUUGCGAUUAAUUAAUUUUUAAGCUGUGAUUAACUCGAUUAAAAAUUUUCAUCGUUUGACAGCCCUAUUAUUAAUAUCUUCAUUUAUUUUGCUUGCAAUGAAAAAACACAAAAGAGAAUGAAAAAAAAUGAAAUCAUUAUCAUUUUACACAAAACUCCAUUGUUCUUUGGCCAACUGCUUCAGAUUUGAAGGAUGCCUUCCCCAAACUGCCAUUUUCAGAUCUCUCGGCAGCUGUUCUAUGGGAUUCAGGUCUGGACUCAUUGCUAGCCACUUUAGAAGUCUCCAGUGCUUUCUCUCAAACCAUUUUCUAGUGCUGUUUGAAGUGUGUUUUGGGUUAUUGUCCAGCUGGAAGACCCGUGACCUCUGAGGGAGACCCAGCUUUCUCACACUGGGCCCUACAUUAUGCUGCAAAAUCUGUUGGUAGUCUUCAGACUUCAUAAUGCCAUGCACACGGUCAAGCAGUCCAGUGCCAGAGGUAGCAAAGCAGCCCCAAAACAUCAGGGAACCUUCGCCAUGUUCGACUGUGGGGACUUGUUUUUUUGCUUAUUCCCCAAAAAGCUCUACUUUUGUCUCAUCUGACCAGUGAACAUUCUUCCAAAAGGUUUUUGGCUUUGUCAGAUAAGUUUUGGCAAACUGCAGCCUGGCCUUUUUAUGUCUCUGGGUCAGAAGUGGGGUCUUCCUGGGUAUCACACCACAGAGUCUCUUUUCAUUCAGAUACCGACGGAUAGUACGGGUUGACACUGUUGUACCCUUGGACUGAGGGACAGUUUGAACUUGUGUGAAUGUUAGUCGAGGUUCUUUAUCCACCAUCCGCACAAUCUUUCCUUGAAAUCUCGUGAAUUUUUCUUUCCCGUCCACAUCUAUGGAGGUUAGCCACAGUGCUAUGGGCUUUACACUUAUUGAUGACAUAGGUAGACACAGGAACAUUCAGGUCUUAGGAGAUGGACUUGUAGACUUGAGAUUGCCCAUGCUUCCUCACAAUUUUGCUUCUCAAGUCCUCAGACGGUUCUUUGGUCUUCUUUCUUUUCUUCAUGUUCAAUGUGGUACACACAAGGACAUGGGACAGAGGUACAGUCAACUUUAAUCCAUUUUAACUGGCUGCAAGUGUCAUUUAGUUAUUGCCACCACCUGUUUUGUCCCACAGGUAAGUAACAGGUGCUGUUAAUUACACAAAUUAUAGAGAAGCAUCACUUGAUUUUUCAAAGGAUGCCAAUACUUUUGUCUGGCCCAUUUUUGGAGUUUUGAGCAAAAUGACAAUGAUUUAAAUUUUUUUGUCCCACUGUCUUUUGUGUUUUUUUCAUUGCAAGCAAAAUAAACGAAGAUAUAACUAU